GGGAAAAAAAAAGCUAACUCAUAAAGUCAGACAGAAUUUACAGAAGGCCGAUUAAGCAUCUCUUCCUUACCUUGCUUCUUUGGUGAAAAAUCCUCCUCCUGAAUCUGGUUUGGCCUGAAGGUAUCAUCUGUCAGGUCUGAAAUGCAGGCAUUUGUCUGGAGCUGUGGGGUUUGGCUCCAAGUCAGAUGGCACCCCAAGCUCAGGGAGUGGCUACAGCCCGAAAACGAAACUGAUCUCGAGAAAUGAAAGCGGCGACCAGACCAGAGCCAGCUGCUCUUUCCUGUCUCUGCUGGGAGACGCAGCCCCAGCCGGGCUGAGAAAUCGGAAUGUUCUCUCCUCCCUACCUCUCUGCCAUGGAGGACCUUUACGGCACCCAGCCUAGAAUGCUGGAUACCUUUAUCUCUGGGUUUCUCCAGCCCAAUAAGGAAUUCCUCAGGAAAAUGAAUGGGGCCAUCCAUAGCUUAUACCUCUUCUUCAAGAACAACAGCUUCACAGAUGCAUCCUGGCCCCGAUCCCGACGGCCCCGAGUGAUGAAUGUAGUUAAGGGUGGCUCGUUGGAGAGAGGGACGGCCCUGAAAGGGAGUUCAGAUGCUGACCUGGUGCUGUUUCUUGACAUAUUUGAAGACGAUGUCCAGGACCAGGAGAGGGUCCAGAAGGAAAUCAUCCAGCAGAUUGGGAGAAGACUCAAAAAGUGGCAGGAACUGCUGGAUCUUGAUGUGUCCAUUGAGCUAACAAAGCAGGAGAACCCACGUGGGUUUAGCAUCAAGCUCCGGUCUUACAACUUCACAGAGUCCAUGGCGUUGAACGUGGUGCCUGCCUACAAUGCCAUGGGCCAGUAUAAUGGUGACUACACCCCUGACCCCCAGGUGUACAUCAAGCUGAAAGAGGCAAGCAGCCAUCCUGGGGAGUUCUCCAACUGCUUCACAGAGCUACAGAAGGAAUUCAUUUCUCAGUGUCCCCCGCAAGUGAAGAGUCUCAUCCGCCUGGUGAAAUAUUGGUUCAAAAAGUACAUAUGCCAAUAUAAAUCACGGCUCCGAAAGGGGGAAUCCCUACCCCCCAAGUACGCCCUGGAGCUGCUGGCUGUCUAUGCCUGGCAACGAGGAAGCCAUCAGACAGAUUUUGACAUGGCAGAAGGAUUCCAGACGGUGCUGUGGCUCAUUGAACACUACAAAGAGCUCUGCAUAUAUUGGACGACCUACUAUGACUUUGAGAAUGAGACCAUCUCACGAUACCUGCAGGGGCAGCUCCAGAAACCCAGACCAGUCAUCCUGGACCCAGCUGAUCCGACCAAGAACUUGGGAGAGGGAAGCCGCUGGGAUCUGGUUGCAGAAGAAGCCAAAUGUGCUUCUCAACAGAAAUGUUUCAUACAUCAGCUGGAUUACAUUUCUCCUUGGAAUGUUCCCACCUUCCCCAAAGAGGAUCUUUACAACACCAAGCCAAACAAGCUCGAUAAAUUUAUCUUCGACUUUCUCCAGCCCAAUAAAGAGUUCCUGGAUAAAAUGAACCGGGCCAUCAAUAGCAUCUGUGCGUUCUUCAGGGAUUCCUGCUUCACAGAUGCAUCCUGGUCCCAAUUCCGUCAGCCUCGGGUCCUGAAGGUAGUCAAGGGUGGCUCGUUGGGGAAAGGGACAGCUCUGAAAGGGAGUUCGGAUGCCGACAUGGUGCUGUUCCUGAAAAGCUUUGAAGGCUACACAGACCAGAAAAAUACCCAGACAGAGAUCAUCCUGAAGAUUAAGGAAAGGCUCAAAGAGUGGCAAAAACAGACUCCGUUUGAUAUGUCCAUUGAUGAAAAGUGGAAUACCCCACGUUCGAUCAACUUCGAGCUCUCCUCCUCUGGCUUCACAGAGUCCAUUAAAUUUGAUGUGCUGCCUGCCUACGAUGCUCUCGGCCAGUAUAACGGUGACUACAAGCCUGACCCCCAGGUAUACAUCAAGCUGAUUAAGGCAGGAGGCAGUGCUGGGGAGUUCUCCAGGUGCUUCACAGAGCUGCAGAGGAAUUUCAUUUCUCGAUGUGACACCAAGGUGAAGAAUCUAAUCCGCCUGGUGAAAUACUGGUAUAGAAAGUACAAAUUACGGCUCCGAGGGAAAGCAUCCUUACCCCCCAAGUAUGCCAUGGAGCUCCUAGCGGUCUACGCCUGGGAAAGAGGAAGUGGUAAUCCGAAUUUUGACACGGCAGAGGGGUUCCGGACGGUCCUUUGGCUCAUUGAACACUAUAAAGAGCUCUGCAUAUUUUGGACGACCUACUAUGACUUUGAGAAUGAGACCAUCAAACAACACCUGCAGGAGCAGCUCCAGAAACCCAGACCAGUCAUCCUGGACCCGGCUGAUCCAACUGGGAACUUGGGAGAGAGCGGCCGCUGGGAUCUGCUUGCGCAAGAAGCUAAGCGUGUAUCUUGUCAGAAAUGUUUCAUGCGUGAUCAGGGUUACCAGGUUCUUCCUUGGGAUGUCCCGGUGCAUCUAUCAGGCUUAGAUGGCAGCGUGUUCUCUCUUCCCUACAUCUCUGCUAUGGAGGAUCUUUACAACACGGAACCAAGGAAGCUGGAUAGGUUUAUCUCUAUGUUUCUCCAGCCUAAUAAAGAGUUCCUGGAUAAAAUGAAUGAGGCUGUUGACAGAAUAUGUACAUUCUUCAAGAAUAAGUGCUUCACAGAUCCAUCUGGGCCCCAAUCCCAGCGGCUGCCUCGGGUACCAAAGGUUGUCAAGGGUGGUUCAUUGGGAAAAGGAACGGCUCUGAAAGGGAGUUCAGAUGCUGACCUGGUGCUGUUUCUGGACAUAUUCAAAGACUACACAGACCAGAAAAAUACCCAGUCGGGGAUUAUCUUAGAAAUUAAGGAAAAGCUCAAAGACUGGCAGGAUUUUGAUGUCUUCAUUCAGCCAACGAAAAGGGAGAAUCCACGUGUGCUCAGCUUUGAGCUCCAAUCAUAUGACUUCACAGAGACCAUUGAAUUUGAUGUGCUGCCUGCCUAUGAUGCUAUGGGCCAGAUCAGCAACACCAAGCCUGACCCCCAGGUGUACGUCAAGCUGAUUGAGGCGAGAGGCCAGCCUGGGGAAUUCUCCAGGUGCUUCACGGAGUUACAGAAGACAUUCAUUUCUCAACGGCCCACCAAGGUGAAGAGUCUCAUCCGCCUGGUGAAAUACUGGUAUAAGAAGUACGUACUCCCUUGCAAAUCGCAGCUCCGAGAAGGAGAGUCACUACCCCCCAAAUAUGCCCUGGAGUUGCUAGCUGUCUAUGCCUGGGAAAAAGGAAGCCGAGAGCCGGAUUUCGAUAUGGCAGAAGGAUUCCAGACGGUGCUUUGGCUCAUUGAGAACUAUAAGCAGCUCUGCAUAUUUUGGACCAAAUCCUAUGACUUUGAGGAUCUGGCCAUUAAACGAUACCUGCAGGGCCAGCUGUUGAAACGCAGACCAGUCAUCCUGGACCCAGCUGAUCCAACUGGGAACCUGGGAGAGGGGGCCCGCUGGGACCUGCUUGCUCAAGAAGCGAAAUCUGGUUCCCGUCAGAAAUGCCUCAAAUAUCAAAAUGUUUACAUUUCUCCUUGGAAAGUUCCGCUGCAGGUCCCUUGGGAGGACGAUCGGUCCUAUGGCACCAUUGUCAAGCAGUUCCUCCAGGGAUUCUUCUGAAUCAGGCCACGGCCUGACAACCAUCCUUCCAGCCUCAUCCGAUGGUGGGGCCAGCCUAAGUUACUUUGCUGCUUGGGGCAAAAGAAGCACCUCUCAGCUCCCCAUGGCCAGCCCAGCCGCACCUUCAAUGCUCCCCGAUCUGAAAAGAUCCCUGCACAAUAUCCCUGCCAAAGUUGGAAUGUCAAGAUACCUGUUUAGUCAGGCUUUUAGUUUAUAGUUUUAAAGCUUUGGUUUUUUGUUUUUUUAAAAAAAAAUUGUUGUUGUUAUUGUUAUUGUUAUUAGGGCGGUAUAUUUCUAUACUGCCCCUCCAAAAAUGGCUCAAGGCGGUUUACACAGAGAAAUAACAAACAAAUGAGAUGGCUCCCUGUCCCCAAAGGGCUCACAAUCUAAAAAGAAACACAAGAGAGACACCAGCAGCAGUCAUGGGAGGUACUGUGAUAAAUGCUUUUAGAGUUUUUAUUGUAUUUUAAAUUGUUUUAAUUAUGUUAAUGUUUUAAUUGGUUUUAUAUUGUGAACUGCCCAGGGACUUUUUUGUAUGGGGCGGUAUAUAAGUGUACUAACUAACUAACUAGAUAAAUUGGGAGGGCUGGGGCGGGCGCCCUGGAGAUCGGGCCACGUGCACAAGGCAUCUCGCAUGGCCCUUCCCCUUGGCGGCCUGGGUUCUUUGAACCCUACUGCUCAAUGGUAGCUCCACCCCUGAUACCAACACAGAUCAGCCUUGCACAGUCCAGACCCCAACUGUCUCAGCACCACACAGCAUUAAAAUGCAGAACUGUUUACAUGUGAAGUCCCAUGUACAUAGUAUUGUUAGCCGUGGCCCCAACAUCCACCCAGAGAUGGGUGACAUGGAGAUCCCCAGACCCUGCUGCUCCUGCAGAGGCUCCACUGCAAUGCAUGCAAGCCUGCUGCUCCUCCUGCAGGGGUUUCCAGCGACACAGAAGACCAGGCACUUCCCACCCUGGAACCACCAGCCUCACUCCCCAAGCCCCUAGGGGAGAAGAUGGCCUCAUACCUGAGUUGAGUUCCAACAGAAAAGGAGGAGUGCUGCAUAACUGGCUGUUUGGGCCCUGCCUUUCAGUGGGUCUCCUCAGGAGGGAGAGGAAAGUCAGCACUGGGGUAUCCAUGGGGAAAUGGCCUUCCUAGGCAAUGCAGGAAUGGGUGCGGCCCUCUUCAGGCUAUAGGAGCUCUCCGUUCCAGCUUAGCUGUUGCUGGAUCAACAGCUGCUUUGGGGAGUACAACGCAGCUCUUACUAAUCUGCUUUGCUAUCUUGGUUCCUGUUCUCUUGGGUCCUUCCUUACUGCCUGGCCGCCAAGUCACCAGCUGUGCUGCGAAUCGGCUCUGCGAGCGGACACAUAUUCAAGAAUGAAGCAUGGAGGCAUUCUGGAAGACAAGCAAACCCAUUUUACAGAUGGGGAAGACCAAAGCUGAGAGCUUGAAGUGCAAAAUACUGCCAGAACACGCACAGCGGAGAACUCAUUUAAAGCACAACAAUAUGUGAAGAUUUAGGGGACAGUUUGCUGCAUAUCUUCUUGGGACUUCAGAAAUGGGACAUUCAGCUCAGUGGGGCUUUCUUCGGGACAGUGGUGGGGUAGAUGGAGGGGGCGCCUUGUACUGUCUCCCAACCUGUUUUUGCAGGUCAAAGUUGUGCAAGGAUGGGGCUGUGCCCCACUCUUAUGGCAUCCAUCUUGUGGAAAGCUACAGGGCAGACACAUGUAAAGGCUUAGCUUACUGAAGAUUCAGAGUUUUGUGUCCCAAGGGUGCUAUUCCAGGGUAGGGAUGCUAGGGAUGUGCAUGGAACCAGCACAGGGAAGUUCGGAGGUGGGGGAGAAGACUUUAAGGGUUGGGGAGGGUGCACUUACCCCUCCCACUGCUUUCCCCCCACCAGUGCUCC